AUGGAAAGCAACCUUGGUCAUCCGGUGUUUGAUACCAUAUAUGGGAAGAUUGCAAUCAACAUUUGCUAUGGUCGUCAUCACCCACAGAACUGGAUGAUGUAUGGAUUGAACGGUGCUGAGAUCGUCUUUAAUCCCAGUGCAACGAUUGAUGGUCUAAGCGAAUCGCUGUGGCCAAUCGAAGCGCGAAACGCCGCCAUUGCAAACAACUACUUCACCGUUGCGAUCAACCGUGUUGGGACGGAGGAAUUCCCGAAUGAAUUUACAAGCGGUGACGGCAAGCCUGCCCAUAGGACAUUUGGCCACUUUUUCGGCUCUACCUAUGUCACUGGUCCCCAUGGUGUUCGAACUCCCGGCCUCGACCGUGUUUCUGAUGGUCUGCUUGUUGCUGAGGUGGAUUUGAACCUCUGCCGGCAGGUUCGUGAUCACUGGGGUUUCAGGCUUACGCAGAGGAUCGACUUGUAUGCCAAAAGCCUCCAGAGGUAUGCACGCAAUGCGGGCUACGAUAUCGGUGAGUGA